UCUCGCGAGAGGACAGCCGCCUCCCGUUGUCCUGGAGAUUGACCAGCCGCGGCCCGCUGCUCCCUCAGGCGCCCGACGCAGCAUGAGCGGAGCGCCGCCGCCGCCGGAGCCCGGGCUGCAGACGCGGCUCGUGGAGAACCAGCCCUACGACGAGAGCCUGGACGUGAACGAGACGGAGGACGUCGCCAGCAUCUACGCGCCCAGCCCGCCGCAGCCCGGACCGCGCCCCGCGCGGCCCCCGCGCAAGGACAGCAGCGACGAGGACGACGACGGCGGCGAGGCCGGCGCGGCGGCAGCCCUGAAGGGAGGGAGCUCUCCGCCCCGCGCGCCUGGCUGGGCCCCGGCCGCCGCCCCCGACCGGCCCGCGGGCGCCCUGUUGCAAGCGGAGAAAAAGGGCGGCGGCGCGCUGGGCUCCGGGCGGCGCUUCAGCGGCCACGAGGUGGAGGACGACGACGAGGACUCCUCGGAGACCGACUCGGACGAGGACGAGGACGACGAGGACGACGAGCACGGCGCCCCGCUGGAGGGGGCGUACAACUCCGCCGACUACGACUAUCUGCCGGUUUCUCUGGAGGUGAAGGAGCUGUUCCAGUACAUCAGGAGGUAUUCCUCCCAAAUGAUUGACCUGGAGCACAAGCUGAAGCCUUUCAUCCCGGAUUUUAUUCCCGCGGUGGGAGACAUUGAUGCCUUCUUGAAGGUUCCACGACCCGACGGAAAGUCGGAUAAUCUGGGGUUGUUGGUGCUGGAUGAGCCGUCCACCAAGCAGUCAGAUCCCACCGUGCUUUCCCUGUGGCUUACUGAGAACUCCAAGCAGCACAAUGUGGCCCAGCAAGUGAAAGUAAAGAGCCUUGAGAAUGCGGAGAAGAAUCCCAAAGCUGUCGACAGCUGGAUCGAGAGCAUCAGUGAACUUCACCGCUGCAAGCCUCCAGCCACAGUCCAUUAUGCCAGGCCAAUGCCCGACAUAGAUACUCUGAUGCAAGAAUGGUCUCCAGAGUUUGAAGAGUUACUGGGAAAGGUGAGCCUUCCCACUGCAGACAUCGACUGCAGCUUAGCUGAAUACACAGACGUAAUCUGCGCCAUUCUGGACAUUCCUGUCUACAAGGGCCACAUCCAGCCCCUACAUAUCCUAUUCUCACUCUACUCUGAAUUCAAAAAUUCACAGCAUUUCAAGGCCCUGGCUGAGGGCAAGAAGAUUGCAAGCCCACCCUCCAAUCCACCCUCACAGGUUGGAGAGACAGAUAUGCUGGGCUUCACCUGAGAGACAGAGGCUGCUCUGCCUGGGGAAAUGCUGUGAAAGCUUCCCGGCUCCUGGGCUUAGUCAGAGGGGCAUCUAACAGCACAUCUCCUAGAUUUCCAGCACCCAUUUUCUGGGAGGUUGUUGCUGGCCUGGCUUUCAGGUGACAUUCAGUGUAAGUUUCUGAAAGAAACGGGCAAUAAAGUUUUCCUGUAAGCAUUCGUUCUGUCUCCGAAGGAGAGACGAUGCUGGCAGGGCAAUACUCGAGCACAAACCAUGAGUUGCUUUUGUCAGGAA